GGGAUUGAGGAUGUUUUUUACGGAGAGCGACGGAAAGAGACAGAGACACCCCCUGUUCCCCGUCUCCUCCUCUCCUCUCCUCCUCUCUCUUUACCGUUAGAAUUCUUUGUUUCUUUCUCAUUUCCCCUCGCUAAGAGCCAAGAAUUCAAACCAAAAAAGCGAUCACAAUAGCCACGAAAGCGGGGCAAAGGAACAGGAGUCCUGUUCCCAUCUUCAUUUAUUCACCUCUUUUAUAUGAGGUAGGUAGGCGGUGAUUUCUGGUCAUCUUCAGUUAGGUGAGCGAUUGGAAAAUAAUAAUCAAAUAAAAACACUGGAAGGAUGAGAGGAAAGGGAGCUGCAACUGCAAACUACUUUGUGUUAAAUACAGGGGCUAAGAUUCCAGCUAUAGGACUUGGAACAUGGCAAUGUGGAGGAGACAUCUGCAUUGAGGCAGUGGCCACAGCUUUGAAGGUUGGUUACCACCACAUAGACUGUGCGCACCUAUAUGGUAAUGAGGUCGAAGUGGGGAAAGCUCUGGCUGAAGCUUUUGACAGUGGACUAAAGAGGGAAGAUGUGUUCUUGACUUCCAAACUGUAUUGUGCUACCAAUUCACAUAAGAGAGUUGAAACUUCUGUAAGAGUUUCUUUGAAGAACCUUGGUGUUUCCUACUUGGAUCUAUAUCUUGUACAUUGGCCUGAGAAUUCAGCUUUUGGAGAUGCUACUGAUCCUCCAUGGAAUUCAGGGAGUGAAUAUAGGCAGUUCUUGCAUCGGUUAAAGCCAACAUGGAGGGCCAUGGAAGAUCUUGUGGAGAUGGGUCUUGUUCAUGCUAUUGGUGUUAGCAAUUUCAAUGUUCAUCAGAUUAGUGAAUUGCUCCAGUUUGCCAAGGUUGUUCCAGCUGUCAAUCAGGUAGAGUUGCACCCUUUUUGGAGGCAGGAUGAAGUUGUAAAGUUUUGUCAACAGAAAGGUAUCCAUGUAUCUGCUCAUACUCCAUUGGGAGUACCGACAGCUCCUGGUAUGUCAACCACCAGUCCUGGUCUGUCUGACAGUGGAUCAGAGGAUGAACCUGGAACUCCUAGAAUAACAUUCAGAAGGUCAAGAUCAGUGCAUGGACCAAUGCUGAAGCUUUCUGUUGUUGAAGAUAUUGCAGAAUGCCACAACAAGACAGCUGAACAGGUCAUCCUGAGGUGGGGACUACAGCGAGGAACUAGUGUGCUCCCAUGCAGCCUAAAUCCUGAGAAGAUCAUGAAAAAUAUAGAUAUUUUUGAUUGGUCACUCUCUGAUGCGGAAUGGAAUAGGUUGAACAAGAUUGAACCACAGGUAUGCCUUUUUGGAAAUUGGCCUGGGAACACAUCUGAAAGUGGGUUUCUGUUAGGAAGUGGACCUCUCCAGGCAGUGCACGAAGAUGAUACUGAAUGAGAUUAUUUAACCUUACUACUAUCUCCUGAGAUAUGAUAAACUAGAAGAAAUUAUCGUUUUAGAAGUGAGAUUUUUUACAAGAAAUUUCUGGACCAUCAAAAAUUGAUGGAAUUCUCUCAAGCUUUUCUGUUAAUUUCUGCUUUCACUUCAUGUAGUAGCUUAUAAUAUUUUCGCUUCAACUUUUCCUAUAAAAACUGUCAAAAAACAAAAACAAAAACAAAAACAACUUCUCUUAUAAAAGCACUUAAACAGUCUGUUAACUGUAAGAGUAUUAUCUAAGCUUUUUCUUUGUCAGGCUGUUAUCAGUCUGCUUCUCCGAAGCUGGGUCAGUCAUUUUGCAGCACAUGCAAAUUUAUGGCACUUUUUGGUUGCUACAAUACUAAAUUACUCAAUUGUUAUGGAGAUCAAUGCAGUCCUUUUAUGUGAAUUUUGUAAUGGUUACGGAGUCUCUGGAUUCAACUUUUUACGUAAUCAGAUGAAAAACUUUGAAGGAA